UUCCACUUGACACAAAGAAAGGCAAGUACCAUUUUUAUCAAUCUUAUCACCCUUUUGCAUUGCACCUACAAAAGGGCCACCCCUUCUUCCCUUCUCAACUUGUACUUCAUCUAAUUCAAUACUACAACUUCUGAAUCACUUAGUUGAAUUGAAUUAUCUUCAAAAUGAGAGAAAUCCUUCAUGUUCAAGCUGGUCAAUGUGGCAACCAAAUUGGAGGCAAGUUUUGGGAGGUGAUGUGUGAUGAACAUGGGAUUGAUGCCACUGGAAAUUACGUAGGCAAUUCCCAUCUUCAACUUGAGAGGGUUAACGUGUACUACAAUGAAGCAAGUGGAGGACGCUAUGUUCCUCGAGCUGUGCUUAUGGACCUUGAACCAGGGACCAUGGAUAGCUUGCGUUCUGGUCCUUUUGGAAAAAUAUUCAGACCUGAUAAUUUCGUGUUCGGCCAAAAUGGAGCUGGUAACAACUGGGCUAAAGGGCAUUAUACUGAGGGAGCUGAGCUUAUUGAUUCUGUUCUUGAUGUUGUUCGAAAAGAAGCUGAGAACUGUGACUGCUUGCAGGGGUUCCAAAUUUGUCACUCACUGGGAGGAGGAACUGGGUCUGGAAUGGGUACCUUGCUUAUCUCAAAGAUCAGAGAAGAGUAUCCGGAUAGGAUGAUGUUGACAUUCUCAGUGUUCCCGUCUCCAAAGGUCUCUGACACCGUGGUUGAACCCUACAAUGCCACUCUCUCUGUUCAUCAACUAGUUGAGAAUGCGGAUGAAUGCAUGGUCCUUGAUAACGAGGCACUCUAUGAUAUCUGUUUCCGUACACUCAAGCUCACAAAUCCAAGUUUUGGUGAUCUGAACCACUUGAUCUCAACAACAAUGAGCGGGGUAACGUGCUGCCUCCGCUUCCCCGGGCAGCUGAACUCCGACCUCCGCAAACUCGCCGUAAACCUAAUCCCUUUCCCUCGCCUCCACUUCUUCAUGGUCGGUUUCGCGCCCCUCACAUCCCGCGGCUCCCAGCAGUACCGCUCCCUCACCAUCCCGGAACUCACCCAGCAAAUGUGGGACGCGCGGAACAUGAUGUGCGCCGCCGAUCCUCGGCACGGCAGGUACCUGACGGCGUCCGCCAUGUUCCGCGGCAAGAUGAGCACCAAAGAAGUGGACCAGCAGAUGAUCAACGUGCAGAACAAGAACUCCUCCUACUUCGUGGAGUGGAUCCCCAACAACGUCAAGUCCAGCGUCUGUGACAUCCCUCCCACGGGCCUCUCCAUGUCCUCCACCUUCAUGGGGAACUCCACCUCCAUUCAGGAGAUGUUUCGCCGCGUCUCCGAGCAGUUCACUGUCAUGUUCAAGAGAAAAGCCUUCUUGCAUUGGUACACUGCCGAGGGAAUGGAUGAGAUGGAGUUUACCGAGGCUGAGAGCAACAUGAAUGACUUGGUGGCAGAGUAUCAACAGUAUCAAGACGCCGCCGCCAGCGAAGAAGGCGAGAACGAGAUCGAUGACGAGGAAGCCAUGGCUGCAUGAGAGCCUCAUUAAAGCCUCUCCGGAAGAAAUUAUUAUAUAAUCUAGAUUACCACGUCAUCAUGGUCGACUCAAUUUUCACUGUUACAUUAAUCAAAAUUUUUAAUAUACAAUAACAAAUUUUGAUUAGAUGCAAUGUGAAGAUUGAUCAAAAUUAUUACUAUUUAAUGAUUUCUAGUGAUGUCAUGAGAAAUGCAAAUCAAAACACUUGGUAUAUGCCAUAUGGUGAUGGUAAGGGAAAGGAAAGGAAAGGAUGUGUUUGUAUAGUUAAUGCUAGGUACAUAUGAGAUGUGGGGUGAGUAGUAUUUUUUACGGAUUUUGUUUUGAUAUUUUUCUUUCUUAUUGGCUUCGUUGUGGGUUUUGUUUGUUAUUGUUAAUGCUAUUAUUUCAUGGCUUUUGUUUUGUA